AUGUUAGUAUUGAAAAACAUGUUCCUUGACAAAAUAAAACCAACUACAGAAAUAAACGACGCAAGACUGAAAGAUUGGGUAAAAGCUUUCCCAUUCACAAAAGAUAUAGUUGGUAACAUGGAAAGAAAACCAGAAUGGCUACAAAAACAUAUAUUUGGAAACGAGCUUAUUCCAUAUGGACAGGCACUGUUUGAAGCGCUUGAACCGGAAACUCAGGAAAGAGUCAUGCAAACAAUACGCGAAGACUCAAAUACAGACUAUGACAAACUCUUUCUAGGAUAUAGGUUACCUGAGAUGGGCGACCAGAGCCAAAAGGCAAAAAGGACAUGGGAAAUUUGCAACAUACUAGAUGAACAUAAUGCAAAGAUGCAACAACUUCAAGCAGAGGGCAAUGAAGGAAAAAGAAGAGUUAAAAACUCAGUCAGGAAGAAAGUAAAGCUUGGUCGGAGUGGGUUCUAUUAUGACAUAUAA